AUGAGAACUUUGACAAUCCUGGUGCUCUUUGGUCUAGCAGCCGUUUGUCUGUGUACUGGAGACUCUUCAGACAGUGUUCCUGACUCCCCCAGUGAUGAGGGGGUGUUUGUAAAGAGGGACCUGGCUUCCACUCUGAUGAGACAGAAGAGAGCUGGCACUGCCCAUGCCGACCUGUCUUUGGCUCAGCUAGAGAGUUUGAGGGAAGUGUGUGAAGCUAACCUGGCUUGCGAGAACAUGAUGGACACUUCGGGAAUCAUCGCUGCUUAUCAGGCAUACUAUGGACCAAUCCCAUUCUAG